GGCUGCCAGCGGCUGCAAGCGAGAGGACCCCAGAGCCAGAGAGCUAGGGAACGAGUGGCGGGCGCUCGCCCCGCGCCUCCCUUCCGCCCCACUCGCGCGCUCCGUUUGUCUCUUCACCCUGAGCGAGUGGCUCGGCUUGGUCCCAGCGCAGCCACAGCCUCGAUCUCUGGGGGCAGCACAGGCAGCUUCGGGACUCUCCGGCGCGCCGCCGCGUCCCCAGACAAAGGCUUGGCCAGCGGCCCCAGCCCGCUGCGCCCUCGGCUCCCGGCCUCUCCGGCUCACGGCUCCUCGCCCCCGCGCUUGGCUCGGCGCGCCCCGGCCGGUGGCAAAGUUUCCCGGGCGGCAGCGGCGACUGCGCCUCGCGUCGGCGAUGGCCGCGGAGCUGAGCAUGGGGCCAGAGCUGCCCACCAGCCCGCUGGCCAUGGAGUACGUCAAUGACUUCGACCUACUCAAGUUCGACGUGAAGAAGGAGCCGCUGGGGCGCGCAGAGCGUCCUGGCCGGCCCUGCACGCGCCUGCAGCCCGCCGGCUCGGUGUCGUCCACGCCACUCAGUACGCCGUGCAGCUCGGUGCCCUCGUCACCCAGUUUCAGCCCCACCGAGCAGAAAACCCACCUCGAGGACCUGUACUGGAUGGCGAGCAACUACCAGCAGAUGAACCCCGAGGCGCUCAACCUGACACCCGAGGACGCGGUGGAGGCGCUCAUCGGCUCGCACCCUGUGCCACAGCCGCUGCAGAGCUUCGAGGGAUUCCGCGGCGCGCACCACCACCACCAUCACCACCACCCUCACCCGCACCAUGCGUACCCCGGCGCCGGCGUGGCCCACGACGACCUAGGUCCGCACCCGCACCCGCACCACCACCACCAUCAUCAAGCGUCGCCACCGCCGUCCAGCUCCGCCAGCCCCGCGCAACAGCUGCCCACCAGCCACCCCGGGCCCGGGCCACACGCGACGACCGCAGCGACGGCGGCGGGAGGCAACGGCAGUGUGGAGGACCGCUUCUCCGACGACCAGCUCGUGUCCAUGUCCGUGCGCGAGCUGAACCGCCACCUGCGGGGCUUCACCAAGGACGAGGUGAUCCGCCUGAAGCAGAAGCGGCGGACCCUGAAGAACCGGGGCUACGCCCAGUCGUGCAGGUAUAAACGCGUCCAGCAGAAACACCACCUGGAGAAUGAGAAGACGCAGCUCAUUCAGCAGGUGGAGCAGCUUAAGCAGGAGGUGUCCCGGCUGGCCCGCGAGAGAGACGCCUACAAGGUCAAGUGCGAGAAACUCGCCAACUCCGGCUUCAGGGAGGCGGGCUCCACCAGCGACAGCCCCUCCUCUCCCGAGUUCUUUCUGUGAGUCGUGGCCAGUCCCGGCCCCCUGCCCUUGCCCUGGCCCGGACUCCCCGUACCGUGUCCCUAGCCCUGGACUCCCCCGGACCCUGUCCCUGCCACGGCCCCAGCCUUGACCUGAUUGACUUGUGCGAGAGGGCGGAAGGGCGCGCGGGCCGCGGGCCAAGGGCGGGAGCGCGGGCGGGCGGGCAGGGUACCUUGGUGAAGGCGGGAGUAGCACACGCCAGUGCCGUCUACUAGACUCAAACAGAUCCAGAGAGAGACAAGGGGGUGGGAGAUCCUGGAGAAACUUUCCUCCAGUCUGGAGGACCGCAAGACUUGCCGGGAGGAGUCGUCAAGGCCGCUCAGAGACUCCAGGCAUUCUGAACUUUGCGGGUAAAGCCGGGGCCUCCGCUUGGCUGGCUGUCCGGAGCGCAGUCUGCCCCUGGAGAUGAACCAGGAGGAGAGGAAAGGGCCCCGGACGUCCCAGCAGGCGCGGGACGAGACUGAGCGAAGGCAAGGAGGACGGAUGGACCUGUCUGUCCAGAGAACUCUAGCUCUCAGCCCUCAGACGCCGGCUACGGUUAGGACAUUCGGCGCGCCGAUCUCAUCAGUUUUAUUGCCUGCUUGAUUCUAUAGAAAAAAAAUACGAAAAUCUGCAUUAAAAAUAUUAAUCCUGCAUGCUGGACAUGUAUGGUAAUAAUUUCUAUUUUGUACCAUUUUUCUUGUUUAACUUUAGCAUGUUGUUGAUCAUGGAUCAUGACCCGCUUGUUUUUUUGGGGUGAGAAGGGAUGGCAGUUGGGAAACUCUGGGGCUGCGAGUCGGGUUCCAGUCCGGGCUGCCUGCUUGUAAAUACCCACCAAAUGGGGCACGCAGAGAACGGUGGCAGCAAGCUGGGUGUCUUUGUUUGGGUUUAUGAUAAUAGCGUUUUAUUAUCUGUAAGAAAAAACAGAGAGAAGAAAGUUUCUGGCGUUUUGCAUCACAGCUUUGUUUUGGGGCACCCUUGGAAGUUGCAUGCUGUCUUCCCUUCCCCAGCGCCCUUUUGCUCCUUUUCCUCUUUCUGCUUCCGUUUUCAAUGUUUUUGGUGUUGAGAGAAAAAGAAGAGAGGUCUGAGCUCCAGAGUGCCAAGGCAGCUGCGCACUUCCGGGCGGCUUCCGCACGCUCACUCCUCACCUGUCUGAAGGUCAAGUGGACAAGGUCCCUGAUGAGAAAGGAAAGGACUGGACCAUGGGUCUUCUCCACCUGUCUUUAUGAUAAGCAGAAGCAUCCCCCAAAGUCCCUAUGGUAACCUCCAGGCCUGCACUGUUCACAGAGCGGCUCCCUCCACAUGGACCAAUAAUACCCAAAGCUUGUGAUGAACCAACCGCCCCACUGUACCAGAAACCCAAACAUUGCAAGUAAGUUUGCAGCUUUCAAGUGCGAUCUUCAGACCAACAACCUUCCGUGUUUUUUCUCUGCCUUUGUGAGAGCAGGGAGGAUUACUGGUGGUGCCCCUCCCCCCUUCGGUUGUAUAGUAGCUAUAGAGAAGAUCUGGGUGUUUUUCUUUAUUAUUCCUUUUUUUCCCCCCUGCAGGUCAGUAAAAAGAGUUAAAUUGCACUGACAAAAAAUACCAAAAUGAAAGUGUAUUUUUAAGUUCCCAUUUGAAAUUGCUGGCGCCGCCGGCCAGAUGCAUUUUUGAGUUUGUAUUAGUUGAUAAAUUAACAGUAAUAACAAGAUUGUAUGACCCGCAUGGUGCUUGCAGUUUUAAAUAUUGUGGAUAUUUGUCCUGCAUCAGAAAUGAGCUUUGGUUUUUACAGAUUCAACUGUGUUGAAAUCAAAUUUACUGCAACAGAAAUUGUUUUUAUUUCAUGUAAAAUAAGGGAUCAGUUUCAAACCCUGCUUAUGAUAUGACAAAUAUUAAAACCUAGCCUAUUGUAGUUUUAUUCAGACUGGUUUCUGUUUUUUGGUUAUUAAAAUGUUUUCCUAUUUUGCUUAUUAAAA